UUCUGGGAGAUCAUUAGUGAUGAGCAUGGCAUUCAGCCUACUGGUGAAUACACUGCUGGAGUGGACAAAGACCUGAUGGAUCUGCAGUUGGAAAGGAUUAAUGUCUAUAACAAACGAAGGAAACCAGGCAAAUAUGUCCCAAGGGCCAUUCUGGUUGACCUGGAGCCUGGUACUAUGGACAGUGUACGAGCUGGCCCCCAUGGGCAGCUGUUCAAGCCUGAUAGUUUUGUUUUUGGUCAGAGUGGAGCUGGCAACAACUGGGCUAAAGGUCAUUACACAGAGGGUGCCGAGCUUGUAGAUUCAGUUUUGGAUGUAGUGCGAAAGGAGUCUGAGAAAUGUGACUGCCUGCAAGGUUUCCAGCUUACACAUUCUCUUGGUGGUGGAACUGGCUCUGGAAUGGGAACACUUCUGGUGUCAAAAAUUCGUGAAGAGUUUCCAGAUCGCAUCAUGGUCACUUUCUCAGUUGUUCCAUCUCCGAAGGUAUCAGACACAGUUGUUGAACCAUACAAUGCCACUCUCUCCAUUCAUCAGUUGGUAGAAAACACUGAUGAGACCUACUGUAUUGAUAAUGAAGCCUUAUAUGACAUUUGCUUCAGAACUUUGAAGCUUUCAAAUCCAACUUAUGGAGACCUAAAUCAUUUGGUCUCUCUCACAAUGUCCGGUGUGACAACCUGUUUGAGAUUCCCAGGCCAGUUAAAUGCUGAUCUUAGAAAAUUGGCAGUAAAUAUGGUACCUUUCCCACGUCUACACUUCUUCAUGCCUGGGUUUGCUCCCUUGACUGCCAGAGGUUCACAACAGUACCGAGCACUCACUGUACCAGAACUUACUCAGCAGAUGUUUGAUGCCAAGAAUAUGAUGGCUGCAUGUGAUCCACGACAUGGCCGCUACCUAACAGUAGCUGCCAUUUUCCGUGGUCGCAUGUCCAUGAGAGAGGUUGAUGAUCAGAUGUAUAAUAUUCAAAAUAAAAACUCUUCAUUCUUCGUGGAGUGGAUACCCAAUAAUGUCAAAACAGCCGUGUGUGAUAUUCCUCCUCGUGGCUUAAAAAUGGCUUCAACAUUUAUUGGGAAUUCGACUGCUAUCCAAGAACUAUUCAAGAGAGUCAGUGAACAGUUUACUGCCAUGUUUAGGCGCAAAGCUUUCCUUCAUUGGUAUACUGGUGAAGGUAUGGAUGAAAUGGAAUUCACAGAAGCAGAGAGCAAUAUGAAUGAUCUUGUUUCUGAGUAUCAGCAGUACCAAGAAGCUACUGCCGAUGACGAAGCAGAGUUUGAAGAGGAAGGGGAAGUUGAAGGAGAAUACGAUUAAAGUAUUUAUUGAAGUGCAUUAUAUUUUUUCUUUCAACGACCAGGCUUUCCGUAUGUUCUAGGAACGUUUAUGUAGUUUCCAAACUUGACAUUCCUUUACUCCCCUUUGGUUUAACUUUUUGUAUUUGGUAGAACUAAGUUUUAUUAAACUGAUUUUCAUU